UUAGAUCUGCCAAUUUCUUCAACCCAAGGCUAAAGCAUUGGUGGAUAGGAUGAAGCUUCUAGCCAUGGAAGUGCUGCUCUUCCUACUGAUUUUGUGCUCUAUGGCCUCAGUUGCUUCGUCGCAGACGGACAGUAUGAAACAAGGUGAUGUGCUGAACUCCUCGGAAUCCACUUUUCUUGUGUCCGCCGGCGAGACUUUCACCUUAGGAUUCUUUACGCCGGAGAGGAUCAACAUGACUUACUUAGCAAUAUGGUUCACCGAAAGAUUUGAGGGUGAAAGUGAAAAGCCGAUAUGGAUAGGCAACAGAGAAGCGCCUCUCCCAUCAAAUUCCUCUGCUAAGCUUCUCAUAGAUGCGUCUGGGCGAUUGAUACUCACGCACAGUGAAAAACAAGGCAACCCUUACCCGGUUUCAUCCAAGCGAACUAGCCGGAAUGUCUCAGCCACUUUACAGGAUUCCGGCGAAUUGGUACUCCGGGAGAUAAACGCCGACGGCUCAUCGGGGCAGGAACUGUGGAGUAGCUUCGACAGCCCCACGGAUACCCUUUUGCCGGGGAUGAAGUUGGGGGUGAACCAUAGAACGGGUGGGAAAUGGAGUCUGAGAUCAUGGCAGAACGACAAUUCGCCGGCGGCCGGGGCAUUUAGUCUGGAAUGGGAACCAAUCAAACGGCGAGUGGUUAUCAAGCACCGAGGAGUGACCCAUUGGAGCAGCGGAGAGCUGAAGAACGCGACACAUUUCCAGCACUUAUUCUUCCACUACGGCUUCCUCAAAGUCUCAUUCCUCAACAUUUCCACAAAAACAGAGGACUAUUUCACCAUUUCCGCCAAGCUCAACCGAUCCGAAAUUCCACGCGAAAUGCAAGCGGGGAUGGACUAUCGCGUCGUGGCUUUGAGACUGGACCCUCGGGGCCUCGUGUACGACCCCAACAACGGCCCGGCCAUUAUUGACGCCGGCGACUGCUACGGGUACGAGAACAAAACCCAGCAAUCAAAAGGGUGCGAGAUAUGGGAGCAGCCGGCGUGCAGGGGUGGCGGCGGUCAAACGUUCCAGGAAAGAUCUGGGUUCUUCUUCAACUACAGCAAUUCAGGACUCGCGGGGGCGGUGCCUUUAGGCUACACAGAAGAAGACUCCACUGCCAGCCCCAGUGACUGCAGAGAGAAAUGCUGGAAGGACUGCGACUGCGUUGGCUAUCAAAGAUUCGAUGACGGGUGUACGUACUGGAGGGGAACCUCUUUGCAAUUUCAACAGGACAAUAGUGGCAAAACAGUAGCGCUCUAUGUUCUUAACCGUCCAAUUAAGGAAGGGAAUGAAAGUAGCAGUAACUCAAAGAAGUGGAAAUGGAUUCUUAUACCCAUUGUAAUAAUAGCCACCAUAGUCAUAGUCCUGCUGGGGUUGCUUCAGUUGCGCCGGAGAAGGAGAAAACGAGCAGAAGAAAUCAGAAAAGAGCAACAUCUAAAGGAUUUAUUCACAUUAGAAGAAUACACUGAUAUUCAAGAACUCAGCAAUGACGAAUUCUUUCAGGGCAGCAAUCUGAAACAUUUUAGCUAUGAAUGGAUUGUUGUUGCAACAAAUAACUUCUCACCUGUCCAUAAAUUAGGACAAGGUGGUUUUGGAAGUGUUUAUAAGGGAGUAACACCUGAAGGACAAGAAGUAGCUAUAAAACAAUUAUCAGAAAGUUCAAAACAAGGACUUGUGGAGUUCAAAAACGAGGUGGUGUUGAUAGCAAAGCUCCAGCACACAAAUCUUGUAAAGUUGCUUGGUUUUUGCAUUCACGAGAACCAAAAGAUGCUCAUCUAUGAGUUUAUGCCUAAUAAAAGCUUAGAUUUUUUCCUUUUCGAUCCAAAUCGAAAAGAGCAAUUGACAUGGGAGAAACGUCUCAGCAUAAUUGAAGGAAUUGCCCAAGGAUUGCUUUAUCUUCACAAGUAUUCAAGAGUAAGAAUCAUUCAUCGAGAUAUGAAAGCUGGCAACAUAUUACUUGAUGAGAAUAUGAAUCCGAAAAUUUCAGAUUUCGGUAUGGCUAAAAUUCUCAAGCAAAAUUUAACAAAUGCAAACACAAUGAGGUUAAGUGGAACAUUUGGCUACAUGGCGCCUGAGUAUGCAAUGGAGGGUAUUUUCUCUACCAAGUCAGACGUCUACAGCUUUGGAGUACUAGUGUUGGAAAUUAUAAGCGGCAAGAAGAACAGAUACUUCCGCAGCGAGGAUGGGCCAUUGAAUUUGGUGGAACAUGCAUGGGAGCUAUGGAACAAAGAUGCAGCGCUACAAAUUGUUGAUCCAGCAUUAAGCAAUAUGUGUGGCAAGGAAGAACAGUUGCAGAGAUGCAUAAACCUGGGACUUCUCUGUGUAGAAGACCUCGCAGUGGACCGACCAUCUAUGUCCGAUGUUAUUUCCAUGUUAACCAACGAGAAUUUGGCGUUGACAAAGCCCAAGAAACCUGCAUUUGUCUCCAGAUACGGUGUGGUCCAUGGAUUUCAAGAAGACAGGUCAGAAAAGGUCACAGUGAAUCAGCUCUCCAUUUCAGCAAUGGAGGCAAGAUAGUGUUGCAAUUUGAAAUGAAAUACUUCUAUUGAAUGUAGUCCAUAAUACCAAAAUCUCACUAGCAUAGGAAUGACCAAGGAGACCGGGUCUUUCAAGGUCUAGAAUUAAGGGUGUGUUUGAUUCAUGAGUUUACAUACUAGGGAUGAGAAUUAAAAUUAUGUAGUAUCUGUCCAUAUACUUUCUGAUGCAACCCAAAUGUAACCAAUAAAUGAUCCAUUGAAAGUCUCGAGUCGCCCGGUAACAAUAUUUCAAUCGAGGAAAACAAUUCAGACUUCAAUAUCAGAUCAAAUUCCCCGGUGUGAAA